AUGGAGACGUACCACGGCUACGUGCGGACACCCGCCGACGCUAUCCGGCUGUUUGAAGCCUGUCGAUUAGGCAUUCUUCCCCGUGUGCAACGACGACUGUCAGAGAAGGAGAGACAGUCGAUUCGAUCUGGAUCUGUUUUUGUCUGGGAUGAGCGGGAAGCUGGCAUGAGACGAUGGACUGAUGGCAAGUCGUGGAGCGCAAGCCGAGUCUCGGGGAGCUUCCUGACUUACCGUGAGAUGGAGGGCAAGCGAGGUGGUGGUUUCUCUUCCAGCCGACGAGGCGCUGGCAAGACUCCCGACUCUGGACGCGGUAGCGACGAGGACCAGGAUGAUGGAGAACCCGAGGGAUACCGAUACAAGGCCGAUGGACUUAUGAAGCAAUCGUUCAGCAUCACCACCUCCAACGGACAACAUCUUCACCUGAUCUCAUACUACUCCCGUCCUCAGCCUGGUCAGCCCGAGCUUCAGCAACCGACCAACGACCCAGCACUUCGAGGCAUCGUUCCUCUCAAGGGCAUGUACCCCGAGUCCAGCAUGGGCGAGACCAACAGCACACCGGCUCUCACCCGUGCUCCUAUGCAGCAGCCUCCCUUCAUGGUCGCUCCUCAGCACCCUCAACAGCCCUAUGCUCCGUACGGUCAACCUGGCUAUGGAUGGCCUCCUUCACCUGUCGCCACUCCCCCCUAUAGCCAUUACGCUGCUCCGUACCCCCCCAGCGUACACCAUCAAGUGCCGCCGCCUCACGUCACCCAGCCGGCUCUCCCUCCUCCCCAAUACGCCCAGGCUCCCGUUUAUGAGCAGCGCACCACCCUUCCUCCUCCCCAUACCUCCAAGCCCGCCUACCCGCAGAACCCUUCGCCCCACUACACGCAUACCGCCCUUCCUCGAGCUCACGACUCACCACGGGAGCAGCACCUCCAGGCAACCGCCCAGAGCGCCAUGGUCGAUCACCGCGUGAACAGUUCUUCCCGAACACACCAGGUUGCGCUCCCAGGUCUGGGUGCCGUUACAAACGGACCUCCCGGAUCCUCGCUCGCGGCGAUCAGCACUCCUCCCAACCGGACACUGAGCGUCAGCCCACCGAGAAGCUCGCAUUCGGAAGCCCCUAUCCCUUCAACAAACAAGGCAAGCUUGUCGGCGCUUCUGCAUCCCACGCCAGCUGCCAGCGAGGCUGGUAGCGCCAAGCCCGGCAGUGCAAGCAGCAGCCCUCGAGCGACUGGGUCGUGUGGGCUGGAGAAGGGUGGCGUCAGCGAGGACGCAAGGGCCUUGAGAAUGCUGGACCGCAAGUUUUGCAUCUAG